CGAGGGCCAUUGGACUUAAACUCUGGAGGCGUGUGGACGGGGAUUACACGAUGUGGUGGGAGAUCUGUCUACAACAGCCAAGGCUUGGCUAGAGGUAGACUCAAUCUGGGGGGCGACCUCGUUGAAGAGUGAUCAGAGGACAUGACUUGACACACACCUGUUGGAUAUCAUCUUGAAAUCUGAGGAGGUGCUGGGAUCCACAACUUGAUGAUCUCAUCGAUAUGGGGCAGGUGGCUAUGUUGAUGCGACGAUGCUAUGUGCUUUCUGAAGAAGCUGGCGACCUGGGUGCCACAAUGGAGCAGCGUUCGCAGGGUCUGUUGGCUGUAAAUGAUAACUAAGUCUUGUGUCUGUAGCAGAGUUACUGUAGUGCUCCGCAACACGAACCACUGAAUCAAUCAGAUAUCGCGACCAAUGUUCAUUACUGAGGGAGGGCUGAGCUUCUUGUUUCACCAGAAGAACAAAGGUUUGGUCACCUCUGCUUAUCAACAGUCUUCGUACCGACAAUUCUAAGACUUCCGCAUUGGCCCUGGACAUCGCAACUUUCGCAAGUGGAUGCAGUAAUUCUGAGCAACCGAUUGACGGGAUCCCCACUACUGGGCCGAGCUUUUGACGUACGGGCGCUGAUAUCAGAGAGUUUGGUUGUUUUACAGCAGGUGAGCGCGGAUAGCGCCGCAUGGGCGAGCCCUGAGGGUGGUGAUGUCUCAAGAUUGUUGGAAUUGGAGCUACGGGUGAAUGGGGUGAGGGAAGUAGUGGGUGGGCACCGUUUGUUCAAUGCUCCCCGUUCAUUUGCCGAUACCUGGAGGCCCGGAGGGGGAUCGGCUUUCCUUUUUCGUGAUGGUGUUGUGGAACACUCUCUCCGUCCCUCGAUGACGCCUACUUAGCAUGUGUACGCGCCGGUUCAACCCCAGCAUCUUGCGCCUCUAGCGUCACUGCCGUCUCCGCUUAUCGUUUCCCGGCAUCGGUUCCUCGCAAUUGAGGGGUGCGAUGGAGUACCAGCCCCUGUUGGUAUUGCCUUGGUCUCACUGAGCCCCAGUUUCCAUCAUCAGGAGUAACCUCGUUCGUCAACUAGACCCUCCCUCCAGCCAUUCUGUUGAAAGUUCUCGUCACCCACAGCAGCCCAGUUUCCGUCAUUGGUCUGUGAUGCCCUUGGAUGUUCUGGGCCGCACGCGCGCUACACUGAUGAAUCCAACGAGUCGCUUGCCUGGGUCGAAAGGCCCGGGUAACCUUCUUAAGGUUCAUCGUGAGGGGGAUAGAUUGUUGUAAUUAUCGAUAUUGAACGAGGAAUGCCUAGUAAGCACGAGUCAUCAGCUCGCGCUGAUUACGUCCCUGCCCUUUGUACACACCGCCCGUCGCUCCUACCGAUUGAAUGGUCCGGUGAAGUGUCUGGAUUGCGGUGAUCUCGGCGGUUUGCCGCUGGGGGUGCUGUGAGAAGUUCAUUGAACCUUAUCAUUUAGAGGAAGGAGAAGUCGUAACAAGGUUUCCGUAGGUGCGAUUAUUUUUCAAAUUGAUAUCUCUUGGGGUUUCCUUUUGGCUAUUUUUAUCAGUUGUGUAUGCUCAUUGCUCAGUGCACAUCUUUGUGGCCCUCGUAAGGAUCAGACGUUGGGGUGUGAAUGCGGAAUGCGGCGGGGUGUUGUUGACCUUUUUACGGAUCCUGGUGACAUCAGACGUCAGGGUGUGAACGUGGAUCUUCGCCUUUUUCUGUAUCCUGGCAGCAUCAGACAUCAGGGUGUGAAUGCGCGUUGGUCGACCUUUUUAAUAUGUAUCCCGGAGGAAUUGUACUUCAGUGUGUGAACGCGGAUGGUGCCGACCGUUUUAUGUAUCCCGCCGGCAUCAGACAUCAGGGUGUGAGCGCGUCUGUCGACGAUUGUUUAUUUCGGACGAAGAGUGUCUCACAGCCACGGUGUCCCUUCUUUUUUUUUUUCCUCAGGAAAAUCUCCCAAGGGUGCACUGACUCCUCUCUGACUGACAAACAUCGCACUUCAAUUUUCGCUCGCGUUUGUUGGCGUCGGAGAGGGUAUUUCAGCAAACAAUUGAGACCAUUCUGGGCUCUCAUUUGAGAGGAAGUGGACUUGGUCCAUUUGUAGGCUUGGGUAGGGGUAUUUCAGUAAACAGUUGAGGCCAUACUGGGGUCUAACUUGAGAAGAAGUGGGCUUGGUGCAUUUGGAGGCAUGGUUAUGAUUAUUUCCGUAAACAAUGCAGGCCAUCCUGGGGACUCGAUUCAGCAGAACGGGGUCAGUGCAUUUGAAAGGCGUAGGCAGGGGUAUUUCAGCAAACAAUGGUCCAGGAGCCCAUUUGUAGGCAUAGGCAGGGGCAUUUCAGCAAACAGUGGAGCCCAUCAUUCUUCUGUUUUUUUCUUAAUCCUUUUGAGGGGUGUGCCUCAGGGGUUCACACAUCUGUAGGCAUGGGCAGGGGUAUUUCAGCAAACAAUGACCAUCCACCGAUAUCUCAUGACUCGACUAUAAGAUCUUGGUGUCACCAGACUCAGAUUUCUCCAAGUUUACCUCCUACUGGUGCUGUUGCAGGAGGCCAAGCGCAAUCAGACCAUUAGGGGGGGGUCUAAUUUGAGAAGAGGUGGGGUUGAUGAUUUUUAAGGGAGGGGUCUCCCAUCCUUUUUUUUGUUCAAAUUUGUUUUCUGACCUUUUUAGGGCUAUGCGUAUUAUCUUUUUCUCCCCCCCCCCAAAAAAAACAUCGGCAUCCAAGCUCAUAUAUCUAUCGGCUGACAGAAGGAGACUCCUAGAUCUGAUUCAGGUCUAUAAUAGUAUAGUGCCUGAUGGCUCCAAUCUAUUGGUGGGGAGCUUCACCAGCUGGUAAACGGGUCCAGUGUCCCUAUAUACUUAGUCAUUUCUGGCAUUUUUCGGCCAAUGGCAUAUCUUUCAUUCUUCUGUCUGGAAAUUGCUGCACGCUUUGGAUUGACGGGAAGGGGGGAGGCGAAGGCGCUGGAGUGCUGUUGGGGAGGUUGGGAAAGUUCGGGAGAGGACAUCUGGGCUUGUCGGUGUGAAGGAGGUGUUUGAAGAACAACGACAGAAUGGAGGGCCGGAAGGCGAUCAGCGGGUCCGCAGGGGAGCGCGGUGGGCGGUGGUCCAAGCACAGCCCGUCGAAUAGUCCAAGGCCGUCGGAGCAGUCCGGGCACGCGCACCUGCCACCGCACUUGCAACCUUUGCCUGAGACGGACGACGAGGAAGGGGACUAUAAAUGCUCACGGACCGUGCCGCUGGGAAGCGGAUCCACCCAGGAGUGGGCGGCUACAGAGCUGUUUGGAAGCCGUGACGGCAGUAAAGGGAAGUCGUACCCCGAACUCCUCCAGCAGGGGCUCAGCGACACCGAUGGUGAUGGUGGCGUGAAUCUGUCGUUUGGACUCGACAGUGGGAGGUCAGCAGUCGUCUCUCGAAUGGUCGUCGUGAACCCCCAUCCCGACGACGAUGGCGGCAAACGUGACGGCUGUUCAGGAUCACUCAGGUCUCCAGCGCCGCUGCGGGAGGCUUCGGGGAACAACAACGAUCCUCCUAGGCAGCAAUUUCGGUCGCCGUCUGUGUGUAGGGUUGCCUCCGCUCGCCCCCAGUGGAUGCAGUCUCUAUCUCCCCUGUUCGUUGGUUCGAGUGCAGGUCGUCGUGUUGGCGAGUGUAGGGAGACAGCGCCUGCCGUUGCUGAUGUUGGUGACGCACGUGACGGAAGGGAGGUGUGGGCAAAACAGCGACGGUUGAUGAGGUCAGUGCGGGAGGAGUCCAUAACUCGGGGGGUGCAGCGAUUGCGUGUUGGGGAAGACGGGUAUGACGGUGAGGAAGCAGGGGCGGACGCGCACGACCCCGACUGGAACGACAACGGCGCUGAAGGUUGGGAGGAUGACGCAGCCAACAUUUCGCCGUCGAAGCAGGCGGCCGCCAUGGGAGGGAGGGGCGAGAAGACGAAGUCGUGUGGCAGUAAUAACAUGUCAUUCGAUAAAACAAUACAUUAUUGUGUGUCCUAUUUUGAGACGAAUGUAAGUCACAGUGUAUAGUCUGGUGUUGUAUUCCAAAUCCGGAUACAUCCGAACAAGGAGUAAAAUCAACUUUGAGGC